UUUUAUGCUGCCUCCUAGGGUAAUAGAGGUGAAGCUCAACAUUUCAAAAGAGAAUGAAGGAAUUCCUAAGACUGAGAAUUCAUUUUGAGAUGAAAGGAAAGUUGAAAAAAUUGGAACGUGUUUUCCUGGAGUGAUCUGCGGAGGAGUGAUGUGUGGGGGGUUGCUGGAGCUGAAGGAGAUUGAGUAGUCAUCUUUGACAGCGAGGGAAGAAGGUUCAGUUACGGCAAAUUAGGUCUUUUUUGUUGGAAAAAGGAGCUUUGUUUUAGUGUGAUUUUGUUAUUGGACAGUUUUGCACCACUGGAAGAAUGAGUUAAAACUCUUUCAGACCAAGGGGCUUUCUUUAAUCUAAGUUAGCCAACAUAAUUUGAGGAAAAAUGCAUUAAAUGUGUCUUUGGUGUUGGCAGCAUAUUUGUCAUGUUCCCAAUUAAAAACAAAACAUGUAAGCUACUUCCGGAUUGAACCCCUAAGCCCCGCCCACUCGGUGUUUAUGAUUGCUGUGCAUUUUGGACUCUAAUAAAGCCUGCAGACUUUGUGUCGCGUUAAAAAAAAAAAAAAGAACUGCCGGUUGAGAUGGAAACACGACAGCAAAUGAAAGACACCAUCCAGGUGUUCAUAGACUCACACAAAGACGAGCUGCACAGUUUGAGCCGGGACAUCUGGAGCCGGCCGGAGCUCGCCGGUAACGAGACUCACGCUCACGACCGGCUGGUCCGUUACUUCUCCGAGGGGGAGCAGGCGUGGACGGUCCAAAGUCACUACAAAUUACCCACCGCUUUCCGGGCCAGCUGGGGUCCAGUCGGAGGCGGGGAGAGAGGGGGGCACGUGUUGAACGUGGGCUUCCUGUGCGAGUAUGACGCGCUGCCGGGUAUCGGACACGCGUGCGGACACAACCUGAUCGCGGAGGUGGGAGCCGGGGCCGCGGCGGCGCUGAGAGCCGCUGUAGAGGAGCAGGCUGAGCUCCAGGUCCCGGUGAAGAUAACUGUUCUGGGAACUCCCGCAGAAGAAGAUGUCGGAGGAAAGAUUGACCUGAUCAACGCGGGGGCCUUCGAUGACAUCAACCUCGUCUUCAUGGCUCAUCCAGCUCAGCAGGAUGCUGCGUUCCUGCCCACCGUCACAAUCGAAGAGGUGUCAGUGAAGUACCAUGGGAAGGCAUCUCACGCCUCUGCAUACCCUUGGGAGGGAGUGAAUGCCUUGGAUGCUGCUGUGCUGGCUUAUAACAACCUUUCUGUACUCAGACAGCAGCUCAAACCAGAGUGGAGGCUUCACGGCAUCAUCAAGCACGGAGGGGUGAAGCCCAACAUUAUCCCUGCCUACACUGAAUUAGAGUUUUAUUUGCGCACGCCACUACUUAAGGAUCUUUGUGACCUGAAGGCCAAAGCUGAGGCUUGCUUCAGAGCAGCUGCAGUGGCAACCGGUUGCCAAGUGGAGAUUAUCUACCCAACCCAUUCCUACUACAACACGCUUCCUAAUAGCACACUGGCAGAUCUGUAUAAAAGUAAUGGAAAAGCCUUGGGGGUUCAGUUUCCAGAAGAGCCAGCCGACUUUUCUGGUUCUACAGACUUUGGCAACGUAUCAUUCAUAGUCCCCGGUAUCCAUCCUUUCUUCUACAUCGGCACGGAGGCGCUCAACCACACGGAGGAAUACACAGAAGCAGCAGGAGCUGAAGAGGCUCAGUUGUACAGCCUGAGGACGGCCAAGGCUCUGGCUAUGACAGCUGUGGAUGUGCUGUGCUGCCCCGAUCUGCUCAGGCAAGUCAGAGAGGACUUCAGCCUGGCCAAACUGAAACAGGAGAAGUGACAACAAGGAGGCAGUACAGCUUUGAGAGGUUCACAAAAUGAACUGACUUUAAACAUAUUCACAGAAAAAAAUGCCUUUUUUUUUUUUUUGCAGCUGACAGGUUAGUCAUAGUCAUCGUUUGAAGUCAGGCUGGCCAGCAACGGUUCAAAGAGUCGGGAUGGAUGGGGCUUUUAAGCAACACCUGAGUGGAACAGAUUACCUUUAAACUUGCUACGGUUUAGGACCGACAUUUAGGUUCUGUUAUUCCUGUUUGAAUGAAUGUCUUUAAAGCAGCUAUAAUUGGUAACUUUAUAAUAAAAACACAUGGAAUGAUCAUGUGAAUUGGGUCACUCAUAGAAACGAACCUUAAGAGAAUCAUCGCGUGAAACUGCGGCUCCAGACGCAGCCGUGCGGCUCUUUGUUUAGCUGUCCACCCACAGGUUUACUGUUUCAGUUCACUCUCUCCGCUCGCAUAGUGCUGUUUUCACAAAAUGACUAUGCCGUGCUCUACGCAGCAGACCGAUACACUUAACAGCAAUCAAGGGGAACGUAGUGGACCACUUAGCAGUUAAGGCCGCUCGGUUACUCCUGGAUGUUUGAAGCCACAUUUGAAUAAUAAGAGAACAAAACUGUUGUCAAAUACAGUCCGACUAUGCUGAUGUUGUGGCCUUUUUGUUUUUAUCAGACUUGUUGAUGAUGACAUAAGCAUGUACAGUAUCAUGUUUAUUUCUGAGUAAUGUGUUUAUACACUGCACAGAUGUGGAGAACACCCCCGAGAUGUUCACCAUCUGUGGUUAUGAUGACAUGACAAUAAAGUGACUCAAUCAGUUUGGGUAAUUUGGAGGCCAGGUCAA